ACGCAGCCAACGACACAUCCGCGACGGCCCCGCUGUUCCUGCACCAUUCUCCUGGCCGUGAUAUCAAGCGACGCAUCGGCCACUGCAAAACCGCAACCUUGUCCGCACCACACAAUCGGCAGCCAUGGAAGACAUUGAGCCGCAUCUCAUCGCAUCCGGACUCGCUCUGCAUGAGUCCGUCGAGAGCGUCGAGACCCAUCUGGAAGCCCUGUUUUCGCUGCCCCUGGAGCAGCACCUCGCCUCGCUCUCAAAGAUAGACCGGGCCAAGCUCGAGAUCGCCAUCGCAUACGCUCUCAACACGCUGUCAUUCAUCUACUUGAAAACUCAGGGCGUUUCUCCCAAAGAACAUCCCGUCUCAAAGGAGCUGGAGCGAAUCAAGCUGUACUUUCAAAAGAUUAAGGAUAUUCAAGAUAAAUCCAAAGCCAAACUCAAAAUCGAUGCAAAGUCAGCAAGUCGGUUCAUCAAGCACAGCCUAUCGGGCAACAAGGAUAUCCAAGACUCGCUCAGGAACGAACAGGACAUGUCCAGACGAGAGGCCGAGAGGAUUCUGGAGCAGGUGGCUCACGAUAUCAAGCAGACCGGAACACCGGCUGGGUCGGGCGCCGGUGCUGUCGGCAAUGGAGCACAGCCGUCAGCAAAAAAGCGAAAGGGAACCCCUCAAGACAGUGGCUCGGCCAUGCAAUCCGCUGCGAAAUCAGCAUCGCAAAGCGCCGUCGAUGCCGACGCUGACAAGCAGCGGAGCGCAAAGUCGAAGAAGAACAAGAAAAAGUAGAUGGCUCAAUAUACGGCGCCGCGGCGAUUGACUGAGACAGUG